UCGAGUUUUGAGUGAGUGAGUGUAUAAGGCGUGCGUACCUUUAUGUAGAUCUAACAUGGCGUUGAAAAAGAGUUCGCCAGAAAACGACCACGACGCAUUUGGUAUGGAGUCAACCGUGACACUUGAUAGGGAGGGUAUUGGCAGUAAAGAGGAUUACGACCCGUUCCAACACAGGAAUAUUGCACAUCCCACAUCGACUGUGGGCUCAUUCUUCCACUUGCUGAAGUCUUCUUUAGGCUCAGGUCUCCUUGCCAUGCCAGCUGCCUUCAAACAUACUGGUCUUAUCCCGGGUUUUUUUGGCACAAUAUUAGUAGCCAUCAUAGCAACCCACUGUGUGCAUAUUUUGGUGAAAACUUCACGAGACAUCAGCAAAGAAUGUCGAGUUGGGUUCCUGAACUAUACCGAUACCUGUGUGAAGGUAUUCAAGAAUGGCCCUAAACGAUUGAGGCCGUAUGCCAAAUUCGUACGGCAUUUUGUAGAUUACGCGAUGGCUGGAGUUUGCCUCGGGGGAACCAGUGUCUACGUCAUUUUCAUCGCUUCCUCCUUGAAAAACAUUUUCGACUACUUCUACCCAGGAUAUACAUUCCAGGUAGAGGUUUACUGCGGAGUUCUCUUGCUGCCUUUGAUUCUACUGACCCAAGUCAGACACCUUAAGUACCUGGUACCGUUCUCGAUGUUUGCCAACCUGUGUUUGAUAGUCACCUUUAUCGUGACUUGUUACUACACGUUCCAGGAUAUACCCAACGUGUCCAAUGUAAACCUAUUCAAUAGUGUACAAAGAUGGCCGCUAUUUUUGAGUACAGCUAUAUUCGCGAUGGAGGGCAUCAACGUAGUAAUGCCGGUGGAGAAUGAGAUGGCGAACCCUCGACACUUCCUGGGCUGCCCUGGUGUGCUGAAUGUUACCAUGGUGCUAGUAGCCAGCCUGUAUGCUGUGGUCGGACUGUUUGGCUACCUGAAGUAUGGGGAUGAGGUGUUGGGGAGCAUCACUCUGAAUUUGCCUGAGAAUGAAGCUCUGGCGUUGGCAGCGAAGAUCCUAGUGGCGCUGGCAGUGUUCUUCACGUAUUUCCUCCAGAUGUACGCGCCUAUGGAUAUAAUGUGGACACGGUUGAAGGACAGGAUUAGUGUAAGGUUCCAUAAUGAAGGACAGAUAUUGAUGAGGACGUUGAGUGUCAUGCUCACUGUGAUCCUAGCGGUAGCAGUACCAGACCUCGAGCUCCUAAUAGGGCUGGUAGGGGCUGUCUUCUUCUCCACUCUAGGACUCUUCAUCCCAGUGGUCGUACAAACUGUCCACAAGUGGGACCGGGGUCUGGGCACGUGUUCUUACAUACUGUGGAAGAAUGCAUUGCUGCUACUAUUUUACGUGUUGGUGCUAGUUUCCGGGUGCUAUUCGUCGGUUACUGCAAUUGUUGUAAAGUUCACUUCUACUUACUUUUAAGACUAAGCUUAAAUACAAUCAGGAGCUGCCUAUACUGUGAAAUAGCAAAUGAUUAUUUGCAUACUUACCUAGUUAUUGACUGAAGACAAUAAUUGUUUGUUCAGCCGAAUCAGUAAUUUUACAUACAACCUAGGUAGCAGAUUUAAGAGACUCUCGAA